UGUCUGACUCUUGGUCUAGCUUAUCUGCACGACCACAUAUGCCUACUCCAAUCACGGAUCUGGCCAAGCCUACAUGGAGACCUGGGUCCUGCGGUUCUGCAAGCCCACUGACGCUAGGCUUCAAUUAUGCCCUUCAGAUCGAUUAUGUCUUUGGAGUUCUCAACAUAGCUAUGUCUAUAACGGUCUCGUAUUGACUGCCUCCCUCCAGAAUUUGCCAAAAUUCUAACCUUGCAUUUUGGUACCGGACUCAGCUCGUCGUGCAAGCACUGCAAUAAACAUGAGCAGCCAGGUUCGCAGGAAGCCACUCCCGUCCUCUUCGUCCGCCGAAAUCCACCUCCUCCCCACCCCACUUGGAACGCAGAUUGCAAGAGUAGCCAACGACCGCAUAGUUCCAUCCACUCCCACUUCCCCUCGCCGCCCCCGUUGCCAUCACUCCUUGCCCAAAGGUAGAAUUCCCCGCGGUCCGCGCAGCGCACAACGCCGGACUGAAUCGCCUCAUGGUCGAGCGUGGUGUCUCCCGCUACUGGCGCUACGCCCACGUUGACGGCGAAAAACUGCCUGUCAAUAUACACGAGCUCCCUGCGGCGUCCCAAGUCACGGUUGCGAUCCUAACAUGCGGGCUAUCGCUCUGCUUCAGUACCCCUGCACCUCCUCCCGCCGCCAAUUCUUCCGCAGCAACCUCCGACAGGCAACGAGGCUACUGCUACUACCUUGUCCCUGAGGUCCCAUGCAAUGGACGAGAAAUGCACGAAGACUUUGGGCAUCAGUAUAUGAUGAGUAACUAUGGAGCGGGCACGGUGGCUCAAGAUUGUUUCUGGCUUAUGGGGACGGGGAAGAAGAGUGUUGCGCCCGGUGGCGCGUGGGCUGGCAUGCCUGGAGGCACUGCCGUGGAGAUUAGCUGGGGCUGGAUCUGAGUCUAUACCUAUGCGGAGACUUCAGCGGUGCAGAAGGUCCAACAUGGUGUAACGAUGAAGACGACUGUAGAUGUUGCGCGGGAGAGGAUGAUGCAUGUUGAGAGGGAGACUUUGCAAGCCUUGGCUGUUGGAGGUUUCAGAGGUUACGCGGUAGCCGUAUGGCCUCCUGCCAUAGUCAAUGGUGUUGUUAUUGCUUAGUCUCUCAUAAUGUCAGAAC